UGGCAUUUAACAGCAGAGGCGUUACACACCCAACACUUCCUGCUUUCAUUUCAUUCGUGUAAACCGACCGUUUCCUUUUCUUCUCUCAGAAGCGCUACAAGCGCUGGUACUGGACUGUUGUUUACAACGAAUAUGGCAGUUGCAGCUGAACAAACCAUUGCCCUCAGUGCACGCAGUCUCCCGGGGCCACACGUAAAGAACGUGCUAUUUACAGUUUCUUACCCAUUUGUGAAGCCAAAUCUAAGGGACGAGCAACAGCAGGUUUUUUUCUCACAGGACUCUGUGGAAAUAUUCAAAACAUUUGGGAAAGCCUGUCUAAAGAGUUUAAAAAAAUGUGCCUGCAAAAGUACUGAGCAGAAAGACACCUUAACUGUUGAUGAGUCAAAGCAACUCAUCAGAGAGCUGGCUGCUGAACUGGACAGAGUGAUACAGAGAAAGAAAUGCCGCUUGAUGUCAGGGAAGUUGAGAAAUAAAGGAUCCAAGGAGGAACAGCAGUAUUAUUUUUUGCAGUGGGCAGAAGAGCUUGAGCACUUGCAAACAAAAGAAAUAGAGGAAGAACAGACACCACAAACCUUUUCAGAGAAUGUUUGGGACAGAGAAAUGAAAGUAAAGAGAGCCAAAAAAAUGUUGUGCAACUGGUCUUGGAAGCUAAAAAAAAUGAAACAGAAUUCAGUAUGUCUGGAGGGUGAAUGUGAAGAAACUCUGAGGGAUCUUCACGGACAGUGGAAAAAGCGAGAAUCCAGCAUACUUCCAGUAAUGGACUGGAUGAUGUGGACUGUGCUGCAGUCAAAAAGCUCUGAGAAUUCAGCUCCUAAACAGUGGGUGAAGAAUAAACAGGGCUCAAAAAAUUCAGCUGGACUGCACAUUCCUAACGCAGUUUGGAAUUGGAUUACAAAAUUAAAAGCUGAUGUCAUUCUGGAUCCAAACACAGCCAACCCGGACCUCCAAGUCUCUGAAGAUGGGAAAUAUUUAAUAGCAAAAAAACACACAGGUCUGGAUUACUGGAGAGGGUUUCAAAGAGAGCGAUGUAAAUUUGAUGGUUGGACUUGUGUCCAAGCUAAGGAGGGUUAUAAUGCAGGUAGACAUUACUGGGAGGUCGAUGUAAAGGGCAAAUGUGAGUGGCGUGUGGGAGUGGUGAAGGAAUCUGCCCCUCGGCAUGGGUAUGUCACAAUGAAUACAAAAGCAGGAUACUGGAAUCUGCGUCUGCAGCUGGGAACUUUAAUAGCUUUGACUGAACCCGUCACUAAACUCAAUAUGCUGAAACCAUGUAAAAUAGGAGUUUAUCUUGACAUAGAAGAGGGCCAUGUAUCCUUCUAUGAUGUACAGAAAAGACAACAUAUCUACACCUUUAAGACAGAAUUUAGUGGGACAGAAAAGAUUUACCCAAUGUUUGGCACUGUUGAGACAGACACAGCAUUGGUUAUUUCAUCAUUAAAUACAUUUCUAAAUAUAAACCACAAAAAAUAAAAAAAAAUAUGGGCCCUCUAAGGGCUCUGAUGCAAGACGCAGUGCAAGCAUGUGUGCUCGUUUCACUCCGAGGCAGUUCUCAUUUUCCAGUCCAGAUCGGCCACGUAAUUUAACUAGCAAAUGUAUCUGAGACCAUUUGUGGGUGUGCUGGUCUAAAAAAAAAAGUUGCGUUCAGGCGUAUUGAUGGCACAUUUCUAUUUUGAGAAACUUAAAAUAGACUGCGCCACAGACCAACUCAAACCUGGUCAAAAGUCAAUGGCGCAGUAUUUUUUUCUUAUUUUAAAGAGUGUUAAGUAGAAAAUGCACCUGUGUCAUAUGCCAGUGAGGUGGCUCUGGGGCUGCCAAAUCAACAUCUGAUUGUAAAUAGCUAUCUAUAAUUAGAGUAGCAUAUGGUUGCUGGUUCAGGUUCUUAAAUGAAAUCAUAAAAAAUUAUCCUUACAUUAGAAAAUUACAUCUGGCGAUUGAGCUUGACCGCAGGGUCAGAAUUAACGUGCUUCCUAUGGCGAGCAUUUAUUUUACUUUGCUUGGCAGUUGAAUCUAGUAAAAUAGAUUACAAAAGUUAUUAAUAAAUUACUGAUAAAUGUAAAAUUACCUGUCAAAAAUUACAUGCUGUAAAUUAUUUGCAAUUUUAUUACAUUGUACAAGGAUUGAACAUAAAAAAUUACCCAAAUUGCAUAAAAAUCUAUUCCAAAUGACACUAAAGUAAAUUACACAUAUAAAUCAUAAUUGAAUAUAAAUGCACAGAAAACUGCCAAUCUGGGACAUAUAUCUCAAAUGGAAAACUUCUGUAUUUGUGUUACAGUUUUUGUUGGUUUUGGUUUCAUUUUCUCCUAUGUUCCUGUUUUUUCUUAUUUUGUUUACCAAUGAGUUUCCACCCAUGUCUGCCCACCUGUUUCUGUUCUGCCUAAUUGUGUUUCAGCCUUUUCUGUUUAAUAAUUUUUGUUCAUCCUUAAAAUAACUAAAGUAUGUGUGCUUUUUGACUGCUGUUUUUGUUGCAAUUAAACUCUACUUAAUUGGAA